AUGUUUUCAAAAAUAGCACGCCCUGAAGAGAUCAUGAGCAAGAAGCUGCUGUUCUUCUGCCUGCUUUCAGUCGCGUGUACUAUUUUGCUUUUGUUUGGAACCCCGCCUCCUCCAGAUGCUGUGCCCGAUGGUCCAGCAACCGGCAAGACAUCGUACCGCGGCCGCUACGCCAUCACCACAUUUUUGGCCUCGCACGACGAUGAAGCAUACCAGAACCGAGAUGAUCAAGAUCCAUACUUCCUGAGCGCUAGAACUCUCGUGUAUCAACUGCUUCACUCGCCCAACACCAAGUUGCAACAUCAGAUUCCCGUCAUUGUUGCUGUGACACCUGAUGUUCGAGAGAGCAAGCGCCGCAGACUGCGAGCCGAUGGAGCGAUCGUUGUGGAGGUUGAGUACAUUGCACACGAUACCGAGGUGGUUGAUGAACGCUUGACCGAAAUGGCGACCAGACUGCGCCUCUUUGAUCCCAAUAUCAUACCUUACGAGAAAGUCCUGUUGAUGGAACCUGACAUGGUACUCACUCGGCCCAUCCUCGAUAUUUUCCAGGACCCAAGCACCGACCCUAUUCUGAUCAACGAUGCGACCAGAGUCAGUGCGGAACUGGGCACCAUCCCGGAGCGAUACCUCAUGGCUGCAUCUCCGGAGUCGCUCCAGAGAGACCACGAUUACCCAUUCCUAGAUGGCGACAAUACAGUCAAACACUUCAACGGUGGGUUGUUCAUGUAUUCGCCUUCAACCGAAGUGUUCGAGUACUACAAGAGCCUUCUGGACCACCCAGAGCUUUACUAUACCGGAUCACCGGAUCAGGACCUUAUCAAUUAUGCUCACCGGUGGGGAGGACCAAUGCCUUGGAAGCGCUUACAUUCAUCAUGGUACAUUAACUGGUCCAAUGACAAUGAUUUUGCUGGGAAUAUGGCACUGCUGCACUCGAAGUGGUGGGUGCAUGAGUCAUCUUCCAGUGAUGCAGUGGAGAGAUUUGCUCUGGCACGGCGAUGGGAGAUGGAGGGUUAUUGGGUGGGCAGGGAUGACAAGUCCAAAUCUUGGUCCUGA